GCCUUCGCUUCUCUGUGGGGUGUUUGAUCAGCAAAAGCUCCUAAUUAAAACACCAGUGAAAGUUGCCCUCAGCCACUCCGGCUGCGCCCUGGAGUGGGAUGCCCAUCUCCUCCUGCGGCAAUAACCUAGGACAUGUAGGGAGAUGUAACCUGGGGACAGCUGACCAUGGCGGCUCUCCUGCUGUCCCUGAAUGAAUGGUGCUCGGGGAUCACUCGCAGCCCGCUGCCGCAGGGACAGCCCAGCCGGGGACUCCAUGGUUCAUGUUGUGCACCCCAGGUUUUCCCUGCAGGGGAGGGGGGAAAUGAGGAGCUGGCUGCGUCCGCUGUGCUGGAGGUACUAGAAACACAGGACAAAAUGCUCCCUGACCUCCUCGCAAGGAGCCUGACCCCAUGCUCCCAGGGUUUUGGCCAUGUGGGGACAGGGUCUGUCCCCCCAACACUCACUUGACGGUGGGAGCAGGGAACCACAGGUCUCACCCUGCCCUUUGCUGACUGGCCUCAAUUUACCAGAAACUGCUUUUGAAGAGAAUCUCGAAGAUUGAUUUGAUUUAAUUUUAUUUCAGGGUAGCCCAGGUCAGCCUCUUUGGUGUUACCCAAAAUCCUGUCCCACCUUUGAGGGGUGGUGACUUGCCACCACAGCAGCACACAUUCAGCCCCCCUCAACCCCAACCCUGCCUGUAGCAACCUGCCCUCCAGCCCAUGCUCCCAGGGUGGGGGGUUCCCCAAACCCAAGCCCACCAAGUUAAACCCCAAACACCUCCAAGGACAAUCCAGCUCGCAACCCCAGCCAUGCCCAGCAGCUGGUCCCCCCGCCUUCAUGAACCCACCGGGGUGAGGCUGCAUCUUUCUGCCACAGACGCCAUGGGCUCCCGGCACUUCCCUGCCCGGACCGUCCUCUUUGAGAAGGAGUCCAAUGGUGUCACAUACCGCGUGCCUGCUCUGCUCUACCUGCCCUGCGUGGCCAAACUGCUGGCUUUUGCUGAGGAGCGGCUGAGUGCUGACGAUGCCCAUGCCAACCUGCUGGUGCUGCGCCGUGGCACGAUCUACGGGAGCUAUGUGGAGUGGGAAGACAUGCGUGUGCUGGAGACGGCGACGCUGCAGCACCACCGGUCGAUGAACCCCUGCCCGCUCUAUGAUGAGUUCACUGGCACCCUCUUCCUUUUCUUCAUCACGGUGCUGGGCAGGACCCCUGAAGCCUACCAGAUCGUCACCGGCCAAAACGUCACCCGCCUCUGCUGUGUCACCAGUGCCGACCAGGGCCUGAGCUGGAGCACAGCCACAGACCUGACGCAGCAGGUCAUUGGCGGGGCCAUCAAAGACUGGGCGACGUUUGCACUGGGCCCCGGGCACGGGAUCCAGCUGAGGUCCGGCCGGCUGCUGGUGCCUGCCUACAGCUACCACAUUGACUGCAAGGAGUGCUUCGGCCAGCUCUGCAAGACCACCCCUCACUCCUUUGCCUUCUACAGCGACGACCACGGCCGGGGCUGGCGCUUUGGGGAGUUCAUCCCCAACCUGCAGACGGGCGAGUGCCAGCUGGUCUCAGUGGAUGAGGAGGAUGGCUCCAACGUCCUCUACUGCAAUGCCCGCAGCCCCUUGGGCUUCAGGGUCCAGGCGCUCAGCACAGACGACGGGGCUGUCUUCCACGGGGGGCAGCUGGUCCAGCGGCUGGUUGAGCCCCCCCAUGGUUGUCAUGGCAGCGUCGUCGGCUUCCCCGCACCUUUCGUGUAUGUCCCCACUGCCCCCUGGGACCCCACGAUGCCCCUCCGGGGCUCAGCUCACAGGCUGCUCCCUGGGAUGCUCCAGGCAUUUCAGUACCUGCCCACCCGGCAGGCAGCAGGUAAUGAGCUGCCCGCUGUGGCCACCGGCAGCCACCACAAGCCAGCCGAGCCUGAGGAGGGCUGUCCUACCCCAGGGCUUCACGGCCAUGCCCAUGGUAUUGCCUCAGUCCGAGGGGACCCUGUGGUGACCCCCAGCCCUGCUGCCUUCUUCCAAGCACCUACGUGGGUCCUUUACUCCCACCCCACCAGCUCCAUGUCACGGGUCAACAUGGGGGUUCACCUGAGCACUUUCCCCAGGGACGUGGAGAGCUGGACCGAGCCGUGGGUCAUCUAUGAGGGCCCAAGUGCUUACUCGGACCUGGCUUACAUGGAGCUGCCCUACAACGAGGCCUCCAUCUCUGGUGGCCCAGCCAUCGCUUUCGCCUGCCUCUAUGAGAAUGGAACACGGUCACCCUACGAGCAGAUCUCCUUCAGCAUGUUCACGCUAUACGAUGUGCUCCAGAACAUCCCCCUGACAGCCUCUGCUCCCCAGCAGGAUGGCAGCCCUACACACCGCAGGAAGCGGAGGCGAAAGAGCUGCCUCAUCUCCUAAUGCCCCCCCAGGUUGGCUCCCCCCGCUCCCCCAGCACCGGACCCUGGGACACCAACCCAGAGCCCAGUGCACUGGGAUGUUCACAGCCUGGGGUCCUGCCACCGGCCAGCAUGGCCACAUCACACAGAAGGCAUGCGCUACCGUCCCAAAACUGGAUUUUUAUCUCAUUUUUAUUGCUAUUUUUUAAUUACAUAGUUGAUUAGGCAUGGAGGCUUGUGCCACCAGCCCAGCCCCAGGCUCCUUUCUGAGUACAUGAGCCACCCCAUGAAAUACAUAACGGGGGGGGCAACAGCAGCAAAGCAGGGGAGAAGGCAGCUGGGGACACCCUGUGCUACCUGCCUAUGCCAGGUGCUGGGCCGGGGGGACGUCAUGCUCCAGCUGUGCCAUACCUGGUACUACCACCCUGCUCCGAGGGUUUUCCUCCCAUGGUCAUAAAUAUUUAUGUUCAUUUCUUAAUUGCUCCUUUUUAAUGAUGCUGUUUGAGCCAAUGCCUCUUUUUCUCAACAGUCUCUCCAAAAUCACUGUGCUGGUUUUGGCUGGGGUAGAGUUAAUUUUCUUCAUAGUACUAUAUUUUGGAUUUGUGCUGAAAACAGUGUU